ACUUGCAACAGCAGCUCUCAAGUUGUGAGAAUCUAUCUUAAGAUAAUGCUAGGAUCUCCCAUACCUAUCAAUAUGCCAAAAAAGCUAUUCAAAAAGACACUAUCAAAGACUGACAUUGAUUAUAGAAUGACAAUUCCAAUGGAUAGCCUCUCCGCUUUCCAAAUCCCAAAAGGAAAAUACUCGAAAGAAGUUGCUGUCUUCGACAUCGAUGGUCGUCGAUGGAGGUUCCGGUGUUCCACGAGAAGAAAAGAUCCCCACCCCAAACCAGUCCUCUCUUCAGGCUGGAUUAAGUUUGUCAAAAACAGGUGUCUCAAGGAAGGCGAUGAAGUCAUCUUUUCUGUCGCGGACAAUGAUGGAGCUGAGGGUCUGCAAUUCGGAAUUCAAGCACGGAAAAAACUCAAGUUACUCGGUCAAGAGUUUUGGGUAGACCCUCUUUGAAGAAGAAGAAGAAGAAGAAGAAGAAGCUACGUACUAAUCCAGGCAUGUAAAACAUAGGUGUAUCUUCCAUCUUGAUUCUGAGGGUAGUGUUCUUACGCUGUAGUCUUGUUCCUGCUCUCUCUUUCUCUCGGAGGGGAGGGUUUUGGCCGGCCGGAGAUCUCAGAGGAGUUUGAUAUCCUAGCUGUACAAGUAUUCAAAGUCGUUUCUGCAUAUUUCCUCUUUUGUAUGGCACUAGCUAUGAUCCUGAAUAUGUCUUGGCAAGAUCUUGUAAUCAUGGGAGUGAAAGAGUGAAAGCUCGGAAGCUCACCAUGCCCAUGGUUUUGGCCUGUAAUUAAGCGAAACGUUUCAGACUUUUUCUUGGAUUGCAAAUUAAUCUUAUUUUUCUUCAUUAGUUCCAUAAA